GCCCUCUCCUCCUCUUUGGGUGCUUUGUGCGGCGGAGGAGGAGAAGAGGAGAGGCUGCCCGAGGAGGAGACAGAGGGGAGCCUGAAACCAACACGUCCCACGCCAGAUCCACACAACCUGGGGGCAACUUUGAUUUGGACGCAUGCGAUGCACAUGACAAUGAAGAGAAAGAGCCACAUUUCUGCCUCUUUCUCUCCCUCCUGCUCUCCUUGGGAGGCUUAGAUGAGUCGGGCGUGUGCAACAUACUACUACUGUACGUCCUUGGACUGAGGCGCUGAAUGAAGAUUUAUUUGUGUGUGAUUUCGCUGUUCAGCUCGCUGAUGGUGCCGCCUCGCCGUGCCUGCGCUUAGGUCAGCCCAAUGAAUCCAGAGGCGGUCUGAGCGCAUUGUUUCCUGCUCCGUUGCUUUUGGGAUUUCCAGCCGUGAUGUCUGCAAUCUUGCGCUCUUUGUUUCUGGUUCUGUUCAGCCUGCUGUCAGUGGGGGCCCAGACAGAGAUGAAGAAGGUUGUUGGGGACAAUGCCACCUUACCAUGCCACCACCAAUUCCAAUCUUCUGGCUCUCUUGACAUCGAGUGGCUGCUGCAGAAACCUAACUCAAAGCAGAAAGUGAUCAUUACCUUCUUUGGAGGGCAGGUCUACACCAACGAGGCCACUGGGAGUGAGGCCAGCCGCCUGUCCUUUGCCGGGGAGUACCUGGGCGGUGACGCCUCUCUGCUGAUCAGUGACCUGGUUCUGACCGACUCUGGGGAGUACUCCUGUAAAGUCAAGACUGGGGGAAAAUACCACUGGAGCCAGGUCAACCUUAUUGUUUUGGAGAAACCCUCCAAGCCAACAUGCCGGAUGGAUGGAGAACUUAUGGAGGGCAAGGAUGUCAAGCUGAGCUGUAAAUCCAUCGAUGGUUCAGAACCCAUUAGCUACAAGUGGGAGCGAGUUCUUGACAAAGGGAAGAGUCUGGGCAAGCUGCCAAACCUGGCGCUGAUAGAUCUGAAGAACCCAGAGAUCGUCACCCUGAGGAAUCUCACAAUGGAUAGCACGGGUGUCUACAGGUGCACGGCAAGCAACGAUGUGGGAGAGGAAAACUGCACCAUUGAGGUCACGAUGCAUGUGAGGGAUGUUGGGAUGGUAGCGGGAUUCGUGGUGGGAUUAUCUUUCGGCGUCCUUGUUGUCAUACUAAUUGUUUGGCUCGUCUUCCGGAAGAAAGAAAAAAAGAAGUAUGAAGAAGAAGAGACCCCAAAUGAGAUCAGGGAAGAUGCCGAGGCUCCCAAGGCCAAAUUGGUGAAGCCAAACUCCCUAUCCUCAUCUCGCUCUGGCAGCUCACGCUCUGGCGCCUCCUCCACCCAAUCAAUGGUGCACAACAGCACCCAGCGUGGCCACCGCCCACGUCCACCUGCCGUGUCAGCUCUCAAGGAAAAUGGACAACCUCCAGGUUUCCCCCAAUCCCCUCCAGCCUACACCACAGUGGUCCCCCCCAAAACUCCUGAGCCCCCUAUCACUCCAAAAUUCAACUCCAGGAACAUGUCUGGGCCCACACCCCCAACCCUCAUGGUUCCAGCCCAGACCAAGGCCUUUCAGACUGUGUAGGACUGAAAGUCACGUCCUUUCCUGUAGCCAUGUAAGACUCCAGCCCCUCCCAAGAGCCUCAUAACCCCCCCUCCCAAAGACUGAGACUCUUCUAUAAACAAAGUGAAAUGCAACUAGUUUAAAGGAUGUAAUUUAAAAAAAAAAAAUUGAAACUAUAAUUCCAAAAGAAGUUUUAAUGAAUGCAUAAUUUAAAGGGUGAAAUAUUAAAGAUGCUUGCCCAUAUCGAAUAAAAAAAAUAAGAAAAACAAAACAAAAAAAAGCAGAAGCCUGAGAUGCAAAAUGAUCACAUGGCUGAUGGCUGAACUUUUUUGCUGAGUUUCUUCUUUUAGCUUUGGAUGGUACAGAGAAGCACCAUGUGCAUUGAGGUGGAAGGCCCCCCCAGAAGAGCUUUAUUUAUUUAUCAAAUCAAAGGCUAAGGCAUGCAGUCAGAGUGAGAAAAGGAAACUAAAAACAUACUUACAUUCACCCUCACUUGUACAAGAUGAAUAUAAGUAGGUCAGAAAUUAGGGGGAAAAAGAGAGACUGUGUGGGAAGCUGGAUUUUUGGGGAUUUUUCUUUUUUAAAGAUGGAAACUAGGAGGGAGCGGUGAUCCUCUGAUUCAUGUCACUCCACGCCUCUGUAUGGCUGCUUCCAACAACUUCCUCUAAAACCACAAACCGCUUUGCCUCCCCCAUGGGCCUGGCCAAUUUUGCCCAUCCAUGUGGACAGACACGGUGCACGGCGUGUGAAUUAUCCACCUCAAUGCGCUCGGUCUUUUGUGCUCUCACAAAGGAACCCAUGAGAAACCACAGAAGGACUCGGCUGACUCAUGAGCGCCUCAACUGCUUCAAUGGGUGGGGCUGUUAACUACCAGGAUGUAGCAUUGAUGGUGAAGUCAAAAAAUGGACUUGUUAUUGCUCCUCCCACAUCUACAUGUAUUGCUACCAAAUAUUCUCCUAAGUAAUUUAGUAGCAUUUAUAAGGCCUAUAGCGAUACUUUUAAUAUAGAGGUAAGCAUCUAUUAGAACAGCUAGAAUCUUUUUUUUUGUUUUGUCUCUGUUUUUCUUUGUCUCCUCCUCCUGAGCAGGUUGCAAAUUGUCACAUACAGCCAAGUGUAAAUCAUUAAUUUUAAGAAUUGCCAAAAAAGCCCCAAGAUGGCUUAUGAUUGGCAUCAUUUUUUUUUUUUUUUACCAGUUACAUUUCUUAACUGAAGCCAAAAUCUGUUGCAAUGAAUGUGUGAUGUACAAAGAUGGUAGAGUCCAUUAAUUUCAGUCUCCUUCAGGGUACGGCAUCAUUCUAAGGCACAUCUCUUAAGUUUGACUUUAGUUUGUCUAAAGAAGGAGACCAAGGAUUGUGAUUCCUGAGAAAUCCAACACUCUCCUUGGAUCCUUAAAUGCGCUGUGGAACUUGAUUGAUGCUUUGCCCAAUCACUUGCUUGGUUAAUGCUUGUUGUCUGCAAGCAACCCAAUUAUUGUAUCCUCUCAGAUACAAAGUGACUUAAAGUAGCUGAAAAAAUGGCAAGUAGCCUAUCUAGUGUGCCUUUGCAAUCCUUCUCUCUUUUUUUUUCUGCCCACCUCCCUCGGCCCUUAUCUUCAUUAUAACAGUGUUUAAGUCUCUGUUCACAUGCAGCUUUGAGGGUCACCAGCAGAAACACUUGAUAUCACAAAAAACAUCCCAGUAAGAGAUGCUGCAGAGGGAGCACCAAGUAGAGUGAGCGGUGAGAAAAAAAUCGCAUGCCACAGGACUAUGUACUGUAAAUUGUGUAGGCUGUCUUGUUUUAUAUUGUACAUACAGAUAAAUAUAUACACAGGAUGUCAGUUUGUUUUAAAAAAUGAGGGUAAAU